CACAACACCUGACAGGGGCGAUCGUUCAACACACCACAGUCGUUGGCUCCCUCCGACGUGCAAAUCUUCCAGUUCAUUCGAGCGUGGGGGGUAGCUUGGCAAGCUGCGCGUCAGAACUCGACAGACGACGCGUCAUGCGGCAAUGCAGUUGACGGCAACAUAUCGCUGGCGCGGCGCAAUGCCCGUCGGAUAUCUCGCCCACCAGCAUCUAGCAACCCAAAAAUAUCCGCCGGGCCUGGACAGGACCGAUAAUCUGCCUUGAGCUUCCGCAGUGGAUCCCAUAAAUUUGGGGAGAGAAGAUGGUGCUGGUUUCCAGUCCCGCACUUCACCAUGCACGCACGGACACCACUCUCCUUCCCCUCCCUCCUCGCGCUCGCUGCGCUCGUCUUCUCGACCCUCUUCGCUGCCGCGUCGCCGACUCUCCAAAAGCGCGCGUCGCGCACGAGCCCCCCGUCGGGUGCCCUGGUCGUGAACCCGGCUGGCGGUAGCGGUGUGUACACGACGGUGUCUGCGGCCGUCGCGGCGCUGCCGAACGACAGCUCUGCGCGCACGAUCUUCGUCUAUGCCGGCACGUACAACGAGCAGGUGUACAUCACCCGCGCCGGGAUGACCACUAUCUACGGAUACACAACGAAUACCGCCGAUUACACCUCGAACGUUGUCAACAUCCAGCACUCCCUCUCCGCGGCGGCGGCCGGCGGUGACGACCAGAGCGGCACGCUCCGGGUGCACAAGGACAACUUCGCGCUGUACAACAUCAACGUCAAGAACACCUUCGGACAGGGCGCGCAGGCAAUCGCCGUCAGCGCGUACGGCAGCAACCAGGGUUACUACGGCUGCGGACUCUACGGAUACCAAGACACGCUCCUCGCUGAGAGCGGCACGCAGUUCUACGGCCACUCCUACAUCCAGGGCGCCGUCGACUUCAUCUUCGGACAGCACGCGUUUGCCUACUUCCAGAGCUGCACGAUCGCCUCGAGCGGUGCCGGCAGCAUCACCGCGCACGGACCCGCUAGCUCUACCGAUGGCAUUUACGUGAUCAACCAGGCUACUCUCACGACCGCGUCGGGUGCCGGCUCGUUGACCGGCCAGGUCUAUCUCGGCCGUCCGUGGUCACAAUAUGCUCGCGUGGUCUACACCUACACGACCAUGGGCGCGCACAUCAACGGCGCGGGCUGGUCGCAGUGGAGCGCGGCGACGCCCAACACCGCCGACGUCCUCUUCGCGGAGUACCAGAGCACCGGGGCCGGCGCUGCGGGCACCCGCGCGUCGUUCUCGAAGAAGCUGUCGUCGCCCACGGGAUACACGAUCCAGGAUACCUUGGGCAGCCACGCGUGGGUCGACACGGCCUACCUGUGAUUUUGAUAUAUGCCAUAGUAAUAAGAAGAAUUUGUGGUCUGUUGAGAGGCGGGGAAUGGAUCGCCUCUGUGUCGUUCCUUGAUGCCGACCCGCGGCCCGUGAGCUACGAUACAGGAGUAGCUGGCUCUAGUGGAUGUCCAGGGGAACUGUAGAGCAUACAAUGAUAUUCCUCAUUUCCCCGUUGCUUUUGGUCGAGAGUUAUUUUCGAACGUGUGAAAUGUGGCAGAGCACGUGGGCUGUUGGUUCAUGU